AGAAGAGGGAAGAUGGGAAAAAAUUAAUCUGAAAAUAAAGAAACUCUUGCCUUUCAAACGCUCGAUGAGUCAACUAUGGAGCAAUACAGAAAGAAAAUGCUUCAACAUACUUCAAUCAUCAAAAACCAAAACUUUUAAAACAUUACUUGAAAUCCACGCUUUCAUUCUCCGUAACUCUCUUCAUAACAAUCUUCACCUUCUUACCAAAUUCAUCUCUUCUUCCACUUCCCUCGCUCUUUCUACUCCUCGCAGAAACGACGCCGUUUCCAUUGUUCAACACGCUCGUCUUUUCUUCAACCACACGCCACCCCACAAAUGCGAUGAAUUUCUCUGCAACACUAUCAUCAAUGCCCAUUUCUCACUUCGUCAAUUCAAUCACGGUUUCACUCUCUACAACCAGUUUUCUAAAGACUGUUUUUUUAGACCUAGUUCUUAUACAUUUACUUUGAUUUUAAAGGGUUGUUCUGUUUCUGAUGCUAAAAGACAAGGUUUUCAGAUUCAUGGUGUUGUUUUGAAAAAUUGGUUUUGUUUGGAUUUGUAUGUAGGGACUAGUUUGGUUGAUAUGUAUGUCAAAUUUGGUGAUGUGGGUUUUGCUAGGAAGGUGUUUGAUGAAAUGUCUGUGAGGAGUUUGGUUUCGUGGACUGCCGUUAUUGUUGGGUAUGCGAGGUGUGGGGAUAUGGUGGAGGCAAGGAAGCUUUUUGAUGGUAUGGUUGAUAGAGAUGUUGCGGCUUUUAAUGUGAUGAUUGAUGGGUAUGUGAAGAUGGGGCGUAUGGAUUUAGCGAGGGAUUUGUUCGAUAAGAUGAGGGUUAAGAAUGUUAUUUCUUGGACUAGUAUGGUUCAUGGUUAUAGUGAGGAUGGCGAUGUUGAUGAGGCUAGGUUUUUGUUUGAUUGUAUGCCGGAGAAAAAUGUGCUUAGUUGGAAUGCGAUGAUUAGGGGGUAUUGUCAGAAUGGACGAUCACAUGAUGCAUUGAAGUUGUUUUGUGAAAUGAGGGGGAAUGUGGAUGUGGAAAUGAAUGAAGUGACUGUUGUGAGUGUUCUUCCUGCUGUUGCGGAUUUGAGUGCUUUGGAUUUGGGUGGUUGGGUUCAUGGGUUUGUACAAAGGAACCAACUUGAUGGUUCUGUUCAUGUUUGUAAUGCCUUGGUUGAUAUGUAUGCAAAAUGUGGGGAAAUUGGAAAAGCAAAAUUGGUUUUUGAGGAGAUGACGGAAAAAGAUACAGGUUCGUGGAAUGCUUUGAUAAAUGGUUAUGGAGUCAAUGGAUGUGCAAAGGAAGCGUUGGAGGUGUUUGCGAUGAUGUUAAGGGAAGGAUUUGAACCGAAUCAGAUAACUAUGACUAGCGUGUUAUCUGCUUGCAAUCAUUGUGGUUUGGUAGAGGAAGGAAGAAGGUGCUUCGAAGCAAUGGAGAGAUUUGGAAUUGUGCCUCAGAUUGAGCAUUAUGGUUGUAUGAUUGAUCUUUUAGGAAGAGCUGGACGCUUGGAUGAGGCUGAAAAAUUGAUUCAGGCCAUGCCUUAUGAUCCUAACGAAAUAAUACUGACUUCGUUUCUGUUUGCUUGUUGUUACUUCGAAGAUGUUUCAAGGGCUGAAAGAAUUCUAAAAGUGGCAGUGAAAAUGGAGAAGGAAGGCGCUGGAGACUAUGUGAUGUUGAGAAAUCUGUACGCCACAGAACGGCGGUGGGCAGAUGUGGAGGAUGUUAAAGAAAUGAUGAAGAAAAGAGGAUCAAAUAAAGAGGUUGCUUGGAGUGUUAUUGAAGUUGAUGGCAGAUUUAGAGAGUUUGUGGCUGGUUAUUAUUCGCAUUCGCAUUCACAUCUGGAGGCUAUUCAGUCAACAUUGGGGCAGCUAUGGAAGCACAUGAAAGUUGAAACAAUUUAUUGAAAUUUGAAAGACGGAAGCUGAAAGGGAGACAGAGAGAGAUAUCAAAAGUAAGUUAAAAUUCAAAAAGACGGAACAACAUGUCUAGUUUUGUAUCUCUUUCAAAAUCUUUAAUCCAUUCAGGAGCAGGCUCUUAAGUCAACCAGAAAGAUAGUGAUCACAGACCAGAUAUGACCUUGACCUUUCCCAUGUGUGAAUUAUCAGAGAUGAGUUUUUUAACUAGUUUGAUUCCCUGAGGAAUUCUUCAGCUGAAUUUAUAUUGUAAGUUUGUUCUAUACCACAAGACCAGAAAAAAUGAUAUUACUGGGAGGGAAAAGACUAGGUACUGAUCAGAAAUUCAAUGAAAUUCUCUGUAGAAACAAACAGCAAUACUUCUUCCCAGAUUUGGAUACUUCAGAACAAGAUUUUAUAAAAUAUAUAUAAUACCUAACACAUACCUGAAUGAAUUAGUUCACCUCAUUUUGGCUGUUCAGAUUCAAAAGGCUCUGUCAAUGAAGUCAUGAUACUUGGCAAGACUAAAAAUGAGACCUAAACAGAACUCAAUGGAACCGGAAGACCACAGUGCAAAUCUCAUUAUUGGAAUUCAGUUCACAGUAUUGAGCAUUUUGAUGAAAGUGUGAGUGAAUAAUGGAGCAAUUCUUUCACUAGUGAUGCAGAAGAAAAUAAGUUACUGUUCUCUGUCCAUGAUUCUGGCCAUAGGACAUAAGUAUGUUUGCUGUUAUGGCCUUUUAGUAAUUGAAAAGUCCGAAUUGAUGAAUCAAAAUUACUUCCUGUUUGGUUAAUGCUUUUGUAAUCCUUUUACUGUAUAAUAUUUAACUGGUACUGAUGAUAACUGAUGAGUUGCAACAAGUUAGUUAGAAAUUGUAUGUAAGUUGUCCAUGUUGUACUUUGUGUAAGGCAAUUAACAGUUUAACUCGACAACUUGUUCUUACACGAUACAACAGAAGUUCUUUAGAAAGUGUAAAGUGCUUCUUCUGAUAA